CUACAGAGUAGGGGCCUAGGUCUCCUCCCACAUCUGGGCCCAGAAAAAGGGCUGGAAGCAGAGCUUCGCUUCCAGCUUCCCCAGAUUCCUUUCCAGCAGCGACUGGCCUUCUCCAGAGCCUCGGUGCUCGCCCUCCCUCCCGCCUUAGUAACCGUGAGGCUGUGGAUACCGCCGCCGGUGGGGGCCAAGGAGGCUGCGUGCAGCCUGGGCGCCCAGGGGCGGCGGCGGCCCAGCCCCAGCGCUCUGCGCGCUGGCGACCUCAGUGCACCGGCCACCGCAGUGCGGAGCCGCUCCGCAAGCGCGACUGUCGCGGCGCCAGCGUGAUCGGGCCCCACGCACCCACCCUGCGCACCUGCCGCGGGUCCAAAAAGGAUCCUGCAAAAAUGAGCCAUUCUCACCCCGCUGGAUUACUUGCAGCAUAUAAUAGCCUUACCGAUAAACACCUGGCUGGAUAUUUUAACAACACAAGGAUAAGGCGGCAUCUCUUAAGAUCAGGGCUGAUCACAAGAAAUGGAAGAAUACUUUCUGAAAAGGAAUACAAACUAAAUAUCAUGAAGAGGGAUCACCAGAAAUACAUCCGGGAAUGCUUAGCCCAGGCUAUUUUCCAUAAGGUUCUUGAUAUGGAGCGUUACCAUCAGCUUGAAAUUAAAAAGAAACUGGAGACCUUGGCUAGGAAGGAGCGAAUUCAGAGAUUUAAGGGAGAAAACACAAGAUGGACUAUAGAAAAUAACAUGCCAAUCCUGUCUCCCCACCCCCCUCUUGGUCCCAAGACGAACCGCAGCCAUGGUGUUCUGGUUGAUGAAGGGCAUUCCUGUCCAAUAACACAGACAGCCCCUCGACCAUACACUGCUCCAGGAAAUAUGCAGCCUCCAAUUCGAUUACAACCUCUUCCCAGGACUCCUGCAGUAGGAACUGUUCCAAAGGUAACAUCGGGGUCUAGAUCAAAAACCACACUGCUGGAAAAUGAAGCUCCAUUUCCCAUUGGGGGCAAGAAGGCAGUGAUGAAGUUCAGGAACUCCAUGGACAAUCCCCAGGCAAUGAAUCGAUAUCAAUUUCCGACCAUUAACCACUACAUGGUGCCUAUUCCUCCUUCACCUCCUCCCCCCAGUGGAAAAAUCACAAGGGAAAAUAGACCUGAAACAUGGAGAAAGAGAAGAUUUCGUCCAACCACUGCUCCAAAUGGCUUGGAACCUCUCUUUACUAGGGACUCAAGAAGGAUUCAUAAAACACCACUGCAAAGUAAUGCAGCUAUUACAAUGAUCUAUCUGGGGAAAAAUGUGCACCUAGCUCAUGAUCACUCAGAUUUCCGGGAUGAAAUAAAAGUUUAUCAACAGCACUGUGGUGGGGAAAACCUGUGUGUCUACAAAGGCAAACUACUUGAAAAAGAGACCUUUCAAUUUAUUUCCAAAAGGCACCAUGGUUUUCCCUUCAGUCUCACCUUCUUCCUGAAUGGGAUACAGGUGAAUAGGUUAAGCUCCUGCUGUGAAUAUAAGCAUCGAAAAGGUUCCAGACUUGGAGGCAAAAGAGGCUACUUUGGGUUUGUGUGUGUCGAGAGAUCAUCUCCUUGCUACAAGUGCAUUAUUGCAAUGGGCCUUGACAAAAAAACAACUUCACCAAAACCUAGGAAAGAAAGGAGUAGUGAGAAAAGAGAGGAACUGAAGAAGGGUGAGGGGAAGCUGAGGAGGAGCAAAGAGUACCUGACACCAAGAAGGAGAGACAAGGAGGGCAGCAAAGCCUCUGCUUCAGUCAUUUUUUCAGCUCAGGACCUCAACGCAGAGGUGGAUGAAGUGAGAACUGCUGUUGAAGAAAUGGAACGAAAAGGAAAGCCAGGACAAGAUGUUUGGGAAGUUGACCAAGAAAACAUAUUUAAAUACGAAUAUGAAGAAGAUUUUGAAGUCGACGAGGAGAAACAAGAUGAGAAAGCUAAUGAAGAAGGACAGGCUGAUGAUCAGAUGAAUGGGAUGUCAAAGUCACCCUCAGAUGAUGAAAAAGAUCAUUUAGACCCUGAAAAGGAGAGUGAAACCUUGUUGCGGAAGGCACCAGAUGCUGAUGACAAUGUGAAGGAUGAAGGGGCUGGAUGCUCUGAGAGUGAACUGGAAGAAGAUAAGCAAGAUAUAAAAACUGCUUCAUCAACCUCAUCCAGAAGUCACCAAUAUUCUAGUUGCAGUGAAGAUGAAUCUGCACUGGGAGACAGGGAAGCUCAUGCCGAAAACAGUCCAAAUGAAAGUGUCAGAAGUUCAUCUUCUCAGGAGUUGAGUGAAAAUGAUGAGCCAGGCAAAUCCCACCUUCCAAUUGAGGAUUCUCUGGAAAUUGAAAUUGAAGACCAAGAAAUAAUAAAAACAGAUGCAGAGACCAAGCCUCUGCCAAUAGAGGAAAACUUGGAGAACAUUCUUGAAGAAGACGCGGAGAAAGGAACCAGAGUGAUUGCAGAAGAGCUAUCUGAGAAAUCCAGGGAACAUGUUUCCAAGGAAGAAAAGGAAAAGGAUAAGAGUAAGCUUUGGGAAGGAAGCACUGCUAAAGUGCAGGACAAAAAGGCAGGUCCCCGUAGGGUGGAUAAAGGUGUUGGACAGGUAACAGCUGAAGCUGUGGAUCCUGGCCGCCACUGCCACGGCCACUAUGACUCUGAGUCUAGUGUUAGCAGCGCAGAUGAAGGAGAGAAACACUCAGGGAGGUUGGAGACUGACACAGGUGCAGCACUGAAUAGGAACUUAGUGGUGGAGGAAAGGGCAGUACUCAGCUCAAACAAGGAAUCCAAGCAAGCUGCAUCAGCAGAGUAUGCCCUGGAGAAGAAAGAAGCAGUGCAGGGAGAUGAAGUUCCCCAAUACAGGGAUGCUGACACAGAAGAAAAAAGGGCUGAAGCACUUUGGGGAAAAGCAGGGGUUAAAGAGUUUCCCUUGGGGCAGUGGAAGCCCACAGCUGAGCAGCCAGCACCAGGAGGAUCAUUUACAGAGGAAAGGGAGAUCCCUCAGGUGAUAGCAAGUGGGGCAGAGGCAGAAGCCGAAGAGGGUAGAAGACAAGAUAAAGAGGACUUAAACCCUAGAGGACCGGAGGCAGCAAGAGCCUCAGGAGGUCUUCAUGAAAGUGAGGCCUUGAUGCAAACAGUGAUGACGGAGAUGGAGAAGGCAGCUUCUGGAGAGGAGCAGGGUUCAAGUGCUCAGGAGGCAGCAUCCCUGAGGGAGGCGAGGAGGCUAGAGGAAGAAGAGUCUGAGAGAGCAGCUAUGAGUGAGGCUGGGUCUGCAAAGCCAGGUAUGGAGGAUAGUGAAGAGGAAGCAUCCACAGACCUAGAGGACAUGGCACUCAUGGAAGAUGCUCCAUCCAAGAGGGAAGAGGGUUUAGAACAGGCCAUACUGGGGGGAAAGGAACGAGCCAAAGAGAGGAAGGUGGUCAUGGGAUCUGAAACCUCUUUGAAUUCCUUGACUUCUGAGAAGGCCGAGGCAACUCGGGUGGGGGUUUUGGAGGACAGCCUGGAAGAAUUGGGUAAGGAAGACGUGGAAAGAGAGAGGCAGAUGGAUGCAGAGUCUAAUGAGGAAGAUGAGAGCAAAGAAAUAUUACCUGAGGAAUUAGGUAAUAGAGAGAGGAGGAAAGCUGAGAGGCCAAAAACACUUCCUGGGGAAACUGAAACGGAGAGAGAAGAGGUGAGAAGGGCAAAGGCACCUCAGGAUGAAGACACUUUAGAAGAAGAGCAAAAGUUUAAAGAGGAAGAGGGGGAACCCCUAAAGGAAAUAAGACCCAAGGAAGAGACUCAAGACCCCCAAAAUGAAAUGGACCGUGAUUCAGAGGACGAAGCAGCUGGGAGGGCAUCUGAACUGACUGUAGACAUGGGGCUGCAAGGAGAAGAUUCACUGAGAGAGAGAGAAGUGAUCUUGUUUGAAGCAGCUCCGGGAUUUGCAAAGACCCUGGAAAACGGAACCGUUCUGAAGAAACAGGGAGGAGGGGAGGGACUGACGGCAGCAGGGGACACAAGGCACAGGGGCAGAGCAGAGCAGGAUGAAGGGCCAGGCCCUGCAGGAGAGGGAGUUAUAGGAGCUCCCAAAAGUCAGCCAGCUGGGAAGGCGCUGACACCUGAAGGCCCGCUCCUGACUGCAGGCGAGGACCGGGAGUGUGCAGACAAAGGUCAAGAUGGCCUUGCAGGCUGGGAGGAGAGGGAUAAAGAAGGGCCUGUGCAGGGGCCAGAGGCAGUGGCUGCCCAGCGAGUUCACUCUGGGGGCAGAGUGAUGACGAAUGGGGACACCGAAGGGGACAGGAGCGUGCAAGGCAUGGUUGUGGCUGAGGAAGCUCUCCAUUCAGGAGUGGCUGCGGAGAUGGAGAGGGAGGCAUUGUCAGAUUCGAAGACAGCUGAGGGGCAAACAGAAGCAAAUAGAGCCUCCCCCUUGUCAGAUGUUGCCGGGGAGGAAACUUGGCACAAAGUGGACGAAAUGCUUGGGAAAACGGCAGCUGCAAAGAAGAUGGCUGGCGAGGAGAUAACGCAGGGCCGGGAGGAGGCGACAGUGACCUGGGCGCCGGAAGCUGAGGCCGAGGCUCUGGGUGGGGCUUCAGACCUGGAAGGGAAGGCCGCACAGCUCGGGCCGGCUACGGAGGGAGGAGAUGCUGAAACCCCGCGGGAGGCAGAGUCGGUGGGAGGGAAAGGGAGCUGGGAUGCUGGGCAGGAGUCGGGUGCCACUGACGAAUUCAGACUCCGAUGUUCCCAAGAGAGAGGGUCAGAGCAGGGGAGACAGAGUCCACAGGACACGGGGACACUCCCCGGAAACCCUGACGACACGGGAGGCCAAGCAAAGCAAGAGCAUACGGCGCUAAGAGAAAGUGAGAACGUAGAUGUUUUCUGAACAACGGGAAGGCCUGAGAGACUUCAUGGCUGUCGGAUAUCUUCAGCAUGUCUUCUGGAAGACUUAAAGAGAGGAAGAGAAGGAGUACCCCUAGCAUCUCCCCAGGACUUUAGCUUUUACCUUUUUCCUUUUUAAUCCCUGUGCUUGUCAGAGCUAGUUCCCGGUCUGACAGUGCUGGUCGGUAGCACCAUGAGCACCUUGAGAAGAGCUGUGCAGACCCUCCAUAGGGUGCUGGGUCCCAAGGGAGGAUUGUGAGGCUGUUGCUGUUCAACACUGUUAACAUGAUGUCUAUAUUCAAGUCAGUAGAUAGUUUCCAAAGGUUUGACUUUUACCAAAGAUUAUCUGAAAGGCUCAGUCCCCAUGGAUUUGUUGAAAUCCUUUUUAUUUCUAAUCCAACGUUAGUCCCAGUUUCACACAUGGAAGUUUUUUAAUUAAAAUCUGUGGCUUUGUCUAUGAAAAUAAGCCCUAAACAUCCUUCCAGGUAUACUCAAUACUCAAAUGGCUCCAGACCUGUAAGUCCUUCCAGAAAAGGAUUCCAUGGCAUGCUUAUUCACCUGCAUUUAGAAAUAGUCAUUCUGUGUAUGCCAGAUGAGUAAUUGUGUAAUUUGAAGUGUAAAUCUUGUUUCAAAAUGCCCCUUGUUUUUGCAUGUUUCUGUAGUCUUGCUUUUCUGAUGCUGACAGGUAAAUGCUUGUGGCAUUUCAUCCCCAGGGGCCUUAUUUAUAGGGCCACUCGAAUUUAAAUCAUAGUAGUAAAUAAUUUAGCUGAGUAAAAUGAGUAACAAUCAUUAUAGCAGGUAAACAUAGCACAUCAGCCCAUAUGUCAACAUUCUAGACUCUAGACUCUGGUUGAUGUCAUUCAAUGGAAAACAACCUUGGAUUAAAUUAGUGUGCUGCCUACCUUCCCAAGUUCUGUUAUUUCAAACCCUGUGAACUAAUCUUGCAGUGCAUUGCAAAUCAACAGUCACAGUUGCCUUCUAAAUUACACCCGCCCCCCAUAUCACUAAGAAUUGUAUAUCAGUGUGCCUCCUGGGAAUUUGGUUUCCUUGUGACAUUUUUGUUCAUAUACCAGUGUCCCAAAGAGCACAUAUGUUUGGCCAUCUUUUCAUUAUGUAAGGAGAUGAUUCUCCAGCCACCUUACACAUUAUACUUUCAUGGGGCACUUUCAUGAAUGAUUCAACCCCUGGCCCCACCCCAGAGAUUCAGAUCUAAUUAGUGUUUGAUGGGUGUAAGGCAUCUGUUUUCUGUCUUGUUUUGUUUUUUUUAAUUCUUCAGUUGAUUUCUACCAUGUAGCCAACACUGAGACUUGCUGCCCUAGUCAUUUUACAAUCAUGCUCUCUGCCCUAUGGCCCAGGGACCAGGCACAUUAUCUUCAUAGUUGAGUUUCAUUUUAAUAAAUAAAGGAGUCAUUCAAUGAUCAAAGAUAUAAUGGACCAUAAGUUCUGAAAAUGUAGUCCCUUGAUCAGGAUAUUGCAUCGCCUAGAACUCUUCCAAAUACAAAUUCCUGCCUUCAUCUCAGUCUGUUAAAUUGGAAACUGUGGGCGUGGCAUAGCAAUUGGUGUUUUAACAAGCCCUCUGGGUAAUUCUGAUGUACACUAUACUCUGAAAACUGCUGUCACGGACUAUUGAUUGUGUUGAGGAUUAGUCUCAGUUGGAAAAUGUAUUGCAGAAGUGUUGUGAACUUUGUCUCUCUUUCUUUUACUGUUUGUCUCUCUCUCCUCUUCUUUCUUUUUUCCCUAGGAAAUGGUACUCACUACAAAAGUGACAACCUCAGCUUUAAACUCAUUCUUCUUAUGACUGUAAAAUGAUGUAUAUGUGAAGUCCUUCAGCCCACCCCCUACCAAGGACAAGCAUCACUCAUGGCACAUCACAGAUCGCCUUUGUCUUACAUUUUAUGAGUGGAUUUCAUCUCCAUUAUAUCCAAUUUCAUUUAUUACUGAAUGCAUUGCCGUGGCGUUCUACAGUAUUUUUUCACUGAUCUCAACCUUAUUGCUACAGAGUGCUUUGAAUACAUAGCACCUUAUGGGAAAGAUUGUAAACUUGUUAAUUCCAUUGAAGAAUGAGUUUUGUACAAUGUGCUAAAUGGAAAUUGCGUUGGAUUAUUUUUAUAUUUAACACAUUCCGUCAAAACAUAAUGUAAAAUUAUUCUACAAUCUGCAUGUGGGUUUAAUUGUGAAAUUCAGUCUUGUGAUAUUUUGAUGAAGUAAAUUCUUUCUCUGCAAAUACUAUGUUGGUCAAAUUAUUUGUAUGUUCAACUGAACUGAGUUUUCCUAGUUUCAUUAUUAAAAGCGUGAAUAAACCAUACGUUUACAGAUGA